AUGGGGCUGUAUUGUCGCACCUUUGUUCUGAUAAGGGUCCCUGCCCCCAUCGACAAAGUGCGAAAGACUGGGAGGACCCGCAACAAUAUAAGGGACCAGAGGAGUGUCAAAGGGACACACUCUGUAUCUUUUGCGCUACCGUGCUGCUGUCUGUCACACUCAAGUUUUUCUUUUCCCCUCAUGGAUUUCCUUCGGGCUUGUGUCCUUUUCGCCGCUCUCUUCGGUCUCACAAAAGCGUUUACCCAUCAGGAUAUGAAGGAUGCACUGCUACAGAAACUUGGGUUGGGUGAAGUUCCUAAUAUCCAUAAAAGGGAUGUGGAGAAUCUGGUGAUUCCGGCGCCUAUAAGAAAUAAGUACAUGAGCAUGCUGAAGAUGCACCACAGCCGGAGACGCAGAUCUUUGCCCAGUCUUGCGGGCAUCCUGAAAGGAAUCCCCGGCAAUGCAGAUAUUUCCGGAGAGUAUGUGUACUCUGACACCACUCGGCAACGCAUGAUGUUCGACAUGGAGGCGAGGAUCCCUGAAAAUAGCGAGGUGACCAUGGCGGAGCUGAAGCUCUACCAGCGGGCUUCCCACAACAAACGCUUCACGGCGGAGAGGAAGAGCCACCGGCCCGUCAACAACGCCAGGGUCAGCGUGUAUUGGGUGGAGGUGCUGCCCAAUGGAUCCAACCGUACGUCGCUGGUAGAUUCACGGUUGAUCCCCAUUCACGAGACAGGCUGGAAGAGCUUUGAUGUCACCCAGGCGGUGCAUUAUUGGUCCAAGACACAGCAGAAGACACCUAUGCACCUGGAGGUGUGGAUCGAGGGCGAGAGACCUGGCAGUUAUGCGGCAGAGAUGGCCAAGAGUGUCCGCUUUACCACCCAGGAGCAGACGGACAACACCUUGGGAAAACCCGAGCUCGUCCUCUACACACUCAACCUCGAAGAGUACGGCUCUCGUGGUGACUGUGACAGCCGAAACAAAGACACCUGCUGCAGGGAGGAGUACUUCAUCAACUUUCGUGCCCUCACAUGGACACAGUACUGGAUCAUCGAGCCGGCCGGAUACCAGGCCUUCAGGUGCACCGGUGGCUGCAAGCAGCCCAAACGCAACUUUGGCUACGGAGAGCGUCGGUGCACGGUGUCCGAGAGUGCCCCUUUACCGAUCAUGUACCUGGUGAAGAAAGGGGACUACACUGAGAUAGAGGUGGCUGAAUUUCCAAAUAUGAUCGUAGAAAGGUGCGCGUGCACUUUGGACAAUAUCUCCAUAGUGUGA